UUCUUCUCUAUAGUUUAUUUAUACAUUAAAAAAUUCAUCUCCAACACUUACACAGACCAUUUCUUCCUACACAAAGCUUUCUUUCAUAGUAUCUGAAUCGGCGCAUCUUAAUCUAAACAGGGAGAGAAAAAGAAAGAUUCAACCUUUUUUUCUCUCGGAGACUUUGAGGAUUAACGAUUUGCAGUUUCUUGUGGAACAAUUUCUAGGGCUUAUUAGGGUUCUUGAGAAAGCUAUGGGUUCUUACUCUGCUGGAUUUCCUGGAUCCUUUGACAACUUUGAUUUCAAUUACCAGACCGAUUUUACCGGUUUAGGAAACGGAUUCUAUCUGAAUGAUCAACCUUUGUUAGAAAUUCCAUCUCCUCUUCCUCCUCUUCCUCCUUCAGAGCCAUAUUCUCAACAUAAUCUUGCUGCUUGUGAUGCUGAUUUCUCUGAUUCGGUUCUGAAAUACAUAAGUCAAGUGCUUAUGGAAGAAGACAUGGAGGAGAAGGCUUGUAUGUUUCAUGAUGCUUUGUCUCUUCAAGCAGCUGAGAAGUCUCUUUAUGAAGCUCUCGGUGAAAAGUACCCGGAUUCUCAGCCUCUGACUACUACUACUACAAGCACUGUUCCAUUGGUUGAUAGUCCUGAUGGUUCUUCUUCAACUUAUGCCUCAAGCACCACAACUUCCUCUGAUUGGAGUUUUGAUUGUUUGGAGAAUAACAGGCCUUCUUGGUUACACACACCAAUCCCGAGCAACUUCGUUUUCAACUCUACUUCUUCUACUAGAUCCAGUCCACAGUCUGUUGGUGGUGAUAAUGCGGUGUUGGGGUCAAGUUUUAGCGAUGAUUUGGUUUCUAAUAUGUUUAACGACAGUGAAUUAGCGUUUCAAUUCAAGAGAGGAGUGGAGGAAGCUAGUAAGUUCCUUCCCAAGAGUUCUCAGUUGGUUAUAGAUGUGGAAAAUUACAUCCCUGCUUCCAGAUCCAAGGCAAAUGAACCUAAGGAGCUAAACUCUGUUCCUCACAGAUUGACCGGAAAGAAAAGCCACUGUCGUGAAGAUGAACUCUUGACUGAAGAAAGAAGUAAGAAGCAAUCAGCUGUUUCUGUUGAUGAAACUGAGCUGUCUGAAAUGUUUGACAAGAUUCUUCUAUUUGGCCGGCCUAAAGAGAAACCUCUAUGCAUUCUUCAAGAGAAUUUCCCAAAGGAACCGGCGAAAUCCUCACCGUUAAGUAAGGGUCAUAAAGGCGAGGCAACACAGGCACAGAGACCAGCUGCUAGUAGUGGUAACAGUUAUAUGAAAGAGACACCUGAUUUGAGAACCCUUUUGGUUUCAUGUGCUCAAGCUGUGUCGGUUAAUGACCGUAGAACGGCUGAAGAAUUGUUAAGACAGGUCAGGCAACAUUCUUCAUCUUACGGAGAUGGAACAGAGAGAUUAGCUCAUUACUUCGCAAACAGUCUUGAAGCACGCUUGGCUGGUAUAGGAACUCAGGUUUACACCGCCUUGUCUUCCAAGAAAACAUCUGCUUCCGACAUGUUGAAAGCUUACCAGACAUACAUAUCGGUCUGCCCGUUCAAGAAAACCGCAAUCAUUUUCGCUAACCACAACAUCAUGCACUUGAGUACCAACGCCAAAACCAUCCACAUCAUAGACUUUGGCAUAUCUUAUGGUUUCCAGUGGCCUCCUCUGAUUCAUCGCCUUGCUUGGAGACGUGGUUCAUCGUGUAAGCUUAGGAUAACCGGUAUAGAGCUGCCUCAACGAGGGUUUAGACCAGCCGAGGGAGUUAUUGAGACGGGCCAUCGCUUGGCUAGGUAUUGCCAGAGGUAUAAUGUUCCAUUUGAGUACAAUGGGAUUGCGCAGAAAUGCGAGACAAUAAGAGUGGAAGACUUGAAGCUAAGAGAAGGCGAGUUUGUGGCUGUAAACUCUCUCUUUCGGUUUAGGAACCUCUUAGAUGAAACGGUGGCAGUGCAUAGCCCGAGGGAUACGGUUCUGAAGCUGAUAAAGAAGAUAAAACCAGACGUGUUUAUCCCUUCGAUCUUAAGCGGAUCCUACAAUGCGCCUUUCUUUGUCACCAGGUUUAGAGAAGUCAUGUUUCAUUACUCGUCUUUGUUUGACAUGUGUGACACGAAUCUAACACGAGAAGAUCCAAUGAGGGUUAUGUUUGAGAAAGAGUUCUAUGGGAGAGAGAUCAUGAACGUGGUGGCUUGCGAGGGGACAGAGAGAGUAGAGAGGCCAGAGAGUUAUAAGCAGUGGCAGGCUAGGGCGAUGAGAGCUGGGUUUAGACAGCUUCCGCUUGAGAAAGAGCUGGUCCAGAAACUGAAGUUGAUGGUGGAAAGUGGAUACAAAAGCAAAGAGUUUGAUGUUGAUCAAGAUGGUAACUGGUUGCUUCAGGGCUGGAAAGGCAGGAUUGUGUAUGCUUCAUCCACUUGGGUUCCUUUGUAGACGUUUUGUCUUAUAUCCCAAGAAACUGAUUCUCUCUAUAUAGGGUUUGUUGUCUCUUUGUUCACACAUGACAUUCAGCAUUCAGAUUUGUAUAUUUGUACAGGUUUAGGUUUCUGUUUCGGUAACAUAAUCAGGUUAAGAUUUUGAUC